AUGCCCUUCCUUCUUUUAGAGCUGUUUUGGCUCAGCAAAGGCAAAGCAUUGCAAGCGCUUGUCUUGGCGAAAGCCAAGGGUAAAGGCAAGAAGGAGCAACUAGCUUUAUGUGACCAGGAAGCCGAACCAGCACUGCUGAAGCGAAGUCAGAAGAAGAAGAGCAAGGAAGCCUUAGAGAACCAAGAGUCUCCAGAAUCUCCAGUAGACAAACCGACUAAGAAGAGCAAGGCAGCAGAAGAGGCUUCGAAUUCUGCAGAGAAGCACAGCAAGAAGAGCAAGAAGGCAGCAGAAGAGGCUUCGAAUUCUGCAGAGAAGCAGAGCAAGAAGAGCAAGAAGGCAGCAGAAGGAGAGGCUUCUGCCGAGAGCCAGACUAAGAAGAGCAAGAAGGCACCACAAGAAGAGGAGGAUUCUGCAGAGCAACCUGAGAAACCGACCAAGAAGAGCAAGAAGGCAGAAGGAGAAGUGGCUUCUGAAGAGAAACGGGCUUUUAAGAGGAUCAAGAAGGCAACAGAAGAAAUCCCAGAACAAGAGACUGACCAGGCAGAGGCAAGCAGCAAGAAGAACAAGAAGCCAAAGGCAGUUGAAGAAGAAGAGGACACGACACAGACUGUCCACAAGAAGAAGAAGAAGAAGAGUGACCAAGAAAGCCCAUCAACUGAGAGCACAGCAGCAACAGAUGAGGUUUCAAAGAAACCCAAGGAUAAGAAGAUGGUCGGCUCAGUGCCUCCGCCAGGGCAGUCUUUGGCCACCAUUCGGCUGAGGAGCAAGACCAGUAUGGAGAGUUUGGAUGUGUCCCCGAUGACUGAAGAAACGAAGGCGAAGAUUCGUGAGAUGUCACAGGCUGAUGUUCCAAUCGGGGAACGUCGAGCUUUAUACAACCAGCUGGGCCGCAGGAUGAAACAUUCAGGGCUUAAGCCAGGCUUGGUCCAGAAAUAUACAGCAUGCCUGGGCAACAGCAAAGAGCGCUUCCAGCUCUUAAAGGAAUUUCUCAUUGAUGAGAACUUGUUGGAUACUGAGUUUCCCGAUGACGAGCGUUUCAAGAUCUACAAGGUCUACAAGAAGCACAAGAGCACAAGUGCUGAUGUGACCAGAGCCGGUACCCGCGUUUCAGCUGGAGGCACAGUGUCUUCAACUGCUUCUCGAAAGGCUCUGGGAGAAGCCUUGGAUGGUCAGGUGGCUGAUUUGCGUAAGGAUGAGUCCAAAGCCAAAAACUCCAGUUCAAAUGGGAACAGGGGUGCCAACCGCAAUCAGAACAAACAGAAGGCAACAGGUCAGUCAGAAGCAAAGCAACUGCAGAAAGACAUCAAAGCGUUUCUCGUCUGUGUAUAG